AUGAGUAUGACUUCCUUGGAUGUCGGGAUUAGGACGAGAAGCACUUGGUAUCCUCGUCGCGAGACCAAGAAGACAGCUAAGAAAGAGUCUUGCGUCAUCUGCUUAGACGACGACAUUGAUCCUCAUCUCAUGUUUUCUGUCGAUAAAUGCCGUCACCGGUUUUGCUUAAACUGCGGGAAACGACACAUAAAGGCGAAGCUACUUGAUGGAAAGGUACCGGACUGUCUUCAGCAUCGGUGCAAGUCUCAGCUACGUAUUGCUAGAUGUGUCAUGCUUUUGACUCGCAAGCUGAGGUUGAUGUGGGAAGAGAGGAUUACAGAGGACUCAAUUCCUUUGCACAAGAGACUUUAUUGUCCAAACCCAAGAUGCUCUUACUUGAUGUCCACAACCGAGCUUUUGUCAUCUUCUGAAUCUACAUAUAGGAGAUGCUUCAUAUGUGGUACCUCUUUUUGCAUCUACUGCAAAGUUCCAUGGCAUAGUAAGCUAUCUUGCUCCGAUUACAAAAAGUUGCAUACUAAUCUUCAAGAUGAUGAUGCAAAGCUGAAAUCUCUGGCAAAUCUUAAGGGUUGGCGUCAAUGCGGCAGGUGCCAACACAUGGUUGAACUUUCUUCCGGAUGCAUCCCAUGA